UCCUCUGGGUAAUCUCCGCCGGCUGCUUGGGGGUUGCUUGGUAACCGCGCUCCUCCAUGGCUGUAGCUCAGGGACCGAAGACGCUCUGGGAGCAAAUCUGUGCUGAUUAUGAAGCAGAGCAGCCUCCAUUUCCGUAUAGUCCUGAAUCAAAACAAGAUUCUGUUUCUUUGGAUACAGGAAUUUUGCAGCCUUUACAUACAAAGCAAUUAUACUCAGCUUUUACUGAAUGUUCCGGUGCCCAAAAAAUACCUUCCUUACCCACGCAUGCACCACUUCCAGCAGCACCUAAUCCAAAAACAUGUUCUCCUCGAGAAUACUUGGAAUAUUACAUAUUUCCAGUACUUUUGCCGGGAAUGGCUGAACUUCUGCAUCAAGCAAAGAAGGAAAAGUGUUUUGAGAGAAAAAGGACCAAAUUUAUCUCCUGUGAUUUUCUGACUGAGUGGUUAUACAACCAGAAUCCAAAGAGGAAAGAUGAGCCAUUCACAGAAUUCUUCUCCAUCCCUUUUGUGAAGGACUGGCUAAAGGACCAUCCUAGACCACCAAUUCCACUGUCUCUCCUAUUAUCGGAAGAAGAAGCAUGCAAAAUAAUUCAAUCAUUCUGGAGAGGUUAUCGGGUCCGCUGUGACACUGAGGUACAAGAACUGCGGCAAUGGCAAAAGCAAUUGAGAGAGGACAAGAACAUUAUUAAAAGAGUGCAAGAGUUCUGGACUAAACAGGAAACCAAAGUGGGAAGCAAAUUAGACUCAGAAGAACCAAUACCAAAUCGUUCUGGAGUUUCGAUUUUGUUUGUUUCAUCAACACCACAAAAUACAGAGCUCAUGGACUGAGUUUCUUGUAUGGUUAUCUGAUUUGGAAAUUCUCCUAGAGUUACAUGCUUGCUUUAAUAUGUGAAGUGUUGUACAUCAAGAAGGGCCACAUAAGGACCUGGUUCUGUAGUCAUUCAGCACAUCAGGGACAAAAAUACAGCCCUGGCAUAAGUGAACACUAUGAAGUCAGUGGAACUGUGCCCCCUUAAAACAAGAGCUGAGUUUGGCCAAAGGCUUCAUGCCCAGUCCUAAACACUCAGGCAAAAGUUUCCAGCUAGAUAGAAAACUCCCACUGAAAUAAAUGGCAGUUCUGCCCAUACAAGAUCUGGGUGUAAAAUGAAAGGGCAGAUUCUCAGCUGCUGUAAAUGGGUAUAGCUCCCUUGGCUUCAGUGGAGCUAUAAUAAUUUACACCAGCUAAGAAUCUACCCCAAGGGCCCAAACUGUCAGAUAUGCUGUGCAUCCACAACUCCAGCGGAAGUCAGCAAGAGCUAGGGUUGCUCAGCCCUAAAAACAGUCUGAUGGCCUCGUGUUGUCAUUUGUCUGUGCCAAGAGAGUAUGACAAUACAUGAUUAGAGCAAAAUGGUAGCAGUUUAGACCCAUUUUUGCAUAGGUAUAGGUAACUACAGAAGGUGCAAGGCAAUGGGCAUGCAGGCCCUGAGUAAGGGCCUCACAGUUUGCCCCACUAUCCAUUUCGUUUCCCUGGUGGAUAUGUCAUCGGUGGGCCUUUUGCACCUGAUUAAAUGUCACAUAUAGAAAAGCAAUGCACAGAGUUGACAAAUUUAAGUCUGACAAAAAUCUCAUUGACUUAAAUGGUGCCAGAUAAGAUGUAUAGUCAAAACUAAUACUGGUACCAUUUCACCUAAUGUCACCAAC